GUUUGCUUAUGAAACGUUUCACUGUUGUCAGGCUAAGUUCUUACGUCCAAGUCGGACUUUUCUGCUGAGAUGUUUCUGGAACCACAUUAUGUCGAACCAUAGUGGAUCUGUUUUCAAUAAUUCUUGUCUUAAAGUUCCAUUGAACCCGUCCAACAGACAGCCAUCCCCAUUGUAUGAAAGAGGAACUUUUGAUACAGGUACAGCUAUCGAGGGAAAGACAUACGUGCGAAGAAGACAAGGACAUAUGGGUAUUGAUGGUAAAGUGUCUAGGCCACAAUCUUGGUCACCUUCUGCCGAUUCUGGAAGAAAUGCAAAACUGCGUGAAGGGUCAACACCCCGCAGUGUGAUGUUAGAUGGUCGUAGUAGGGACUCAUUUGACUCAUUUAUGAACUUUUAUGAAAACAUUCCUGAUUAUGGAGAGUUAGGAAAUCUACCAGAUGGAGAGUUUUAUUUGAGACUACAAGCUUUAAAGGAUAAACACAUGUUGUACUGUAAAUCAUUGACUGCUGAAAAUCCUGCUUUGGAGAACAAACCUGCAGAGACAGAACCAGGGAAUGGAGAAACACAAGUUAAUUCUGCAAUAAGCAAUACAAGUGGUUCAGUACUUGGAGGUAGUGCAGCCCCCUAUGCCGCAAUGAAAGAAUCCAGUAUUGCUGAUAACUCUAAAAAGAAUGAACGAAAGAAAUUUCAAAAGAAGUCACAAAGUAAAACAAUCAGUCAUGACUACAUCAACUGGGAGAAAUUAGCCGAAAACACACACCUAGUUUCUCCAUCGUCGGUUACCUCCAUAGAUCAUAAGAGUACACACAGAGCAUCAGUGAACGACAGUAGUCUUUUGGAUAGUGUAGAUGCCACUGUCAACUUGCAUCAAAAGGGAAACAGGACUGAACAUCAGUUAAAUAGUUUUAAAAUAAAGGAGAAGAAAACCAAUGGAGUGACUAAUAUGAAAAGAGAGAUUCACUCUGCAUUUUCAAAUAAACACACUGAACCCUGUAAAAGCAAUAGUCGCCCGACAAGUUCAUUGAGGGGAAAUACAUGGGAUAAUUUAAGUGCCAAUGAUUGUCUUACAAAAUUGGAUUAUUUAUUUUCUGAUUCUGAUAGUGAGUAUGAAGAGCCCCUUCUUCAGCGUAGUUUGCCGAGCAGCCCUAUUUUAAAACAUAACAGGCACACAACUAUGAAAGAGCCAAACAUUACUGUACCAAAACCUUUCAAAAUGACACUCAGAGAUGAAGAAGAGAGACGCUUAAACGUGUUGCGAAAUGAGCUUUAUGAAGAUGAUGACAAAUCAGAAGAAGAAAAGAGUAUUUUUCGAGCUAAUCCUGUGCCACUACACACUCAUAUGCCACUUUAUGACAAAAUAAUGGCCCAGCAAGAGAGAAGGCAACACUAAUGAUCUUUAAAAGAUCAUUUGCACAGUAUGCUCAAGAAUUACAGCUAUGUGCUUUAAAAAAGGC